GACGACGGUGCUGUGCGCCGACAUCUUGCUCACCGUCGGAUCCCUCAGUCCCCCAGUCCCCCAGUUUGCAGUGCGGCACGUCAAGCACCGUCGGGAAGCACCGUCGCGACACGAAGGGCGGCCGCGCCGAAAGAGCGAAGCGAACCGCAGCGACCACUUCGGGGCACCGAGCGUGAGCGUGCCAGUGUGCGUGACCGAGCGUGAGGGCGAGCGUUUGCGCCCAGAGUGACACGGCGACGGAGCGGCACAGCCAUGGCCAGCGACGACGGCGUCCUUCGGGAGGAAGCGCAGGUCCGUGAACGAUGCAAAGACUUGAUCCUCUCGGACGAGACGAUCGCCGAGCUGAUGCGGCGGAUCAUGAAAGAUGUGGAGAAGGGCCUGUGCAAGGACACUCACAAGGAAGCGGUUGUGAAAUGUUUCAUCACCUAUGUCCAGGACCUGCCAAACGGAACAGAACGAGGAGAAUUCUUGGCCCUGGAUCUUGGUGGAACCAAUUUUCGAGUACUCUUAAUUCACCUUGGCCAAAACCAUUUUGACAUGCAAUCUAAGAUCUACGCCAUUCCUCAAUCAAUCAUGGUUGGCACUGGUGAACAGCUGUUCGAUCACAUUGCUGAAUGUCUGGCAAAUUUUAUGAAAGAGCACGAUGUGUAUAGUCACAAACUUCCCCUAGGAUUUACCUUCAGUUUCCCCCUUCAACAACUUGGUCUAACAAAGGGACUUCUUGAAACUUGGACUAAAGGUUUCAAAUGCAGCGGUGUUGUUGGCAAUGAUGUUGUACAACUUCUGAAAGAUGCCAUUAGGCGACGAGGGGACAUUCAGAUCCAAGUGUGCGCCAUUCUGAACGACACAACAGGCACUCUUAUGUCUUGUGCCUGGAAGAACCACAACUGCCGAAUAGGUCUCAUUGUUGGUACUGGCUGCAAUGUUUGCUAUGUGGAGAAGACUGAAAAUUGUGAAUUAUUUGAUGGAAACACCAACAAACCGGACUGUAUUGUAAACACUGAAUGGGGUGCGUUUGGCAGUGACGGUGCAUUGGAUAUUGUCAUCACAGAGUAUGAUCGAGAGAUUGAUGAGAACUCAAUUAACCCUGGAAAACAACUGUUUGAGAAAAUGAUCUCAGGAAUGUACAUGGGAGAGUUAGUGCGACUUGCAUUGGUUCGGCUUACAAAGGAUAACCUUUUAUUUGGUGGUAAAUUAUCUGACCACCUCUUAAAACGUGGAAACUUCUUCACUAAAUAUGUUUCAGAAAUAGAAAGUGACAAGCGUGGAAGCUUCUUAAAUUGCCGGGAAGUGCUUGGUGAACUGGGUCUGUCUCACGCCACUGAACAGGACUGCGCCAAUGUGCGUUAUAUCUGUGAGUGUGUAUCCAGGCGUGCAGCACAUCUCGUGUCAGCUGGCAUUGCCGUCCUAAUCAAUAAAAUGAAGGAACCCAGUUUAACAGUGGGUGUUGAUGGAUCUGUGUACCGCUUCCACCCUCACUUCCAUGACCUUAUGGUUGAGAAAAUCAAACAGUUAAUCCUUCCUGGUAUUAAGUUCGACCUGAUGCUCUCAGAAGAUGGCAGUGGACGAGGUGCCGCGUUAGUGGCAGCAGUCGCAUGUAGAGAAAACUGAUGACUUCUGUUUAUAUAAGAUUCAGUUUUUGUAAAUAUUAGAAAAAAGAAAUGGAAUGUCUGAAAGAGUACAUGUGUGAGUGUCUGUGUGUGUGUGUGUGUGUACAUGUGUAUGGGAUGAGUGUGUGUGUAAUUAUAGUAUGGGUGUGUGAGAACUACGAGCCUAGAAGUGGGCCAGUUUGCCAGCUGCUAGUCUACCCACCAACUAAGCUCGCCUUACUUUUUAUUUAUACAUCUACCGAUUUUUACUUUUUUGUAAUGAAACAUGUGUUUCCUAUGUUUUAGCAUAAACAUCAUAUUUUGCUUGAUUAUUCUUUUUCGAAAUCAUGGUUUGUUUUAUACACUUUGCCUGGUGGGUUACUAUGCUUAUUUUCUUGUUAUGUUUUAAUUUUUAACUUGACCCUGAAAAGGGAUUUUAAAAUGUUCUUUGAAUCAACUUUGUUGAAGGCAUGGCUGUGUAUCUGGUCCCUUCAGAGGGAUUCUUGUGGAUGAUCCUGUGUACUUAGUUAAGUAAUGCACUUGUUAGUCAGAGGUAUUUUUAUUUAUAUGAUAAAGUUGGGCCUAGUUUGUUUUAUCAGACGGCAUUGGCUCAAUAUUUUAAAUGUCUUGUCAGCGUUUUUUUUUUUUUUUUUAAAUGAAAUAGUGCUUUGUUGUCAUGGUUGUAAUUUAUUACCUUUUAGAAACUUGCUCCUUGUAGCGCAGAGAACUUCUCUGUUAAUUAAGUUUUUAAAGUUCAUGAGGGCUGCAAUGAAAUACUAUUGUACUUAAUGUAGCAGCAUUCCUGAGUUUUUUUUGUUGUUUUUUUUUGGAAAGGAUAGACUGCUUGAAGCAAGGAGGCCACUUGCCAGAUUGUGUGGACCAGGAAUAUCGACACACAUGUAGUAAAAUUCCGUACUAGUCAUAAAAUCGUGGCAUUAUAAAUCACGUCAUGUGUCAUCUGGCUCUGAUAUUUUACCAAUUGUACGUUGAUAAAUAUAUAUAUAUAUAAUAUAUCUAUUUUUGUUGUAAAUUAGUUCUUGAAAAGCAAUAGCGCAAUAGCUGAGAGUGCAUUGACAUAUUGUUUGGAAUAUGCAUUUGAUCAUAUUUUGUUGUAUUGAUCAUGUCAAAUUUAGAAGUCAUGUUCAUGUUGUUCAAUUCUUUUUGUGGUUCCAUGGCAGGGUCAUUAAACCACAAGAUAAUUUUAUGUUUUCAUGAAUACAUUGCAUGGUGCUUACACUUAAUUUUUUUCUUUUAAUGAACUUAGUUUGAUUUACCUUUUGUGGUGAACAUGUCAUGGUAAGGAUUUUAUCAAACGUACCAUAAGUGGACUAUUGUAUUCACAGCCAAUGGUUUCCUUAUCUUCAAAUUGUGGAUUAUCGGUAUACCUGAAACUGCCAUCAAUUACAGAAUGAUUUGUUCCUUAAACUUGAGACUGUGAUUUCUUUUGUCUCCAUAUCAAUAUGGAUUCAAUGUACGUGUUAGACCUGAGAAAAUAAAAGUUUCCCACAAAUAUGCAUAUUAUUCAAGAUCCCACUGGGUCGAAACAAAUUUUUGAAUUAUGACUUAUGAUCAAAUCUAGUGAGAGGCAAGAAUUAAAAACAGGCUUUGCAAAAAUAAAUUGUUCAACUCUA